AUGAAAGAGGACCACAAAACCACCUCUGCAGAAGUCAAGCUAGACUGCAUCAUCAUGCAGCCUAAAGACAUCCUGGAGGUGCAAGAGGGAGACAGCUUGGCCCUGUCGUCGCCGGCAGAGUCGAGGGAGGUCUUGAGAAAGAUUGAUUUCUGCAUGAUUCCCCUGAUGGGAUUCUGUUACCUCUUGCAGUACAUGGACAAAUUGGCUCUCAGCUCGGCGACUCUCUUGGGGCUGUUGCAGGACUUGGACCUCCACGGCUCCCAGUACUCCUGGUGCUCGGCCAUUUUCUAUUUUGGCUACCUCGCGUGGAGCUGGCCCAGCUCUUACCUCCUUGUCCGGUUUCCGACAGGGAAAUACAUCGCCGUCACAGUGUUUUUAUGGGGCGGCUUUCUCAUGUGCCACGGGGCAGUUCACAACUUCGGGGGACUCAUGGCGGCACGUUUCUUCCUUGGUGUGGGUGAAGCAGCCGUUGCGCCUGGCUUUGCCUUGAUCACAGGCAUGUUUUAUACACGCAAAGAACAACCUCUGCGACAAGGCGCUUGGUUUGCUGGAAACUCGUUGGCCAACAUCUUUGGUGGCCUGGUCGCGUAUGGCAUCGGUCAGAUUGAGACGUCGUCUCUUGGGAACUGGCGUUUGCUCUUCCUCAUCAUGGGUAGCAUCACCUCGGCUUAUGCUUUCCUCCUGUACCUGUUUCUCCCGGACUCGCCAGACAAAGCUAGGUUCCUCGACGAAAAGCAGCGGCGAAUUGCACUGGAGCGCACGGUCGAGAACCAGACGGGGCUCCUGGAUAACAAUCACUUCGUUCCGAGCCAGGUCGUUGAUGCCCUAACCGAUCCGCAGUUGUGGUUCUUGGUGCUCUACACUGUCUCGGUCAACCUCGCCAACGGGGGAUUGACCAGCUUUGGGGCACUUGUGGUCAAGGGAUUCGGGUUUUCCAAUCUCAAUGCCCUUCUCAUUCAGAUGCCCAUUGGCGUGGCGCAGCUCGUUUUUCUCCUCUUGACGUCGAGCUUGGCCACAAUCCUUCCAUCAGCCCGACUGGUCCUCAUGAUAUUCAACACCCUCACUUCCAUGGUAGGCAUGAUCAUGGUCUACGAAUGCAAAAGUCGCGCGGCGCGCAUGACGGGACUGUGUCUGGGAAGCGUCUUUGCGGCCAAUAUUCCUCUUUCCUUGAGUUUGAUCAGUUCCAACGUCGGCGGUUUUACCAAGCGGUCCGUCACCAGUGCCACCUUGUUUGUCGCCUACUGCGUCGGCAACAUCGUGGGUCCGCAGUUCUUCCAGACCAGCCAGGCUCCGAGAUAUGCAACCGGACUCAGGGCAUCGCUCUCGGGAUUGGCAUUCGGCGCCUUCUUCCUUGCAUGUCUGCUGGUGUAUUACGUUUGGGAGAACGCGCAGAGGAAUCAACGCCACGGACAAAGUCAGAGACGGAGCGUGGAUGAGGCGCUGCGAGAAGAUCUGGCGGGCAAGACAGACCGCCAACAGCCUGAUUUCCGAUAUGUGAUAUGA